CCAUGGCAACUGCUGAAUCAUCCUACCCAGUCAGCGGCAGUCCUCUAAUUCCAUCUUGGCAAGUAAGGCCUUGCAUCAUCCGAGAAUAUUGAUCUUGAUCCAUUAGCUUUAUUAGAUUCCGAACAACUGGGGGUUGGGCUGCUUCAGCUUGGGAAGUUAGGAAGCACAAACAGCGUGCCUCCGAAUGGGAAACCUACCCACGACGGUGAAGCAUUGCCUGAGCUACGAACAACUCAUCCAGGACUAUCCAUGGCUGAGACGCUUGCUGCUGGAGGAGGCAAAGACUGCCUCAGAGUAUCCGGAGAGUGUGAAAAUAGUUGAAGUUGGGCCAAGAGAUGGCCUCCAAAAUGAAAAGGAAAUUGUUCCGACAGGCGUGAAAAUCAAGCUGAUAGACAUGCUCUCGGGAUCGGGCCUGCGUGUGAUCGAGGCCACCAGCUUUGUCUCCUCAAAAUGGGUACCACAGAUGGCCGACCACACUGAGGUUCUAGCAGGAAUCCAGAGAGCUCCUCAUGUUCAGUACCCGGUAUUGACACCGAACAUGCAAGGUUUUCAGGACGCUGUUGCGGCCGGGGCUGCUGAAGUGGCGGUGUUUGGCUCAGCAUCUGAGGCCUUCAGCAUGAAAAACAUAAAUUGCUCUAUUGAUGAAAGCAUGCAGAGGUUUGAAGAGGUCGUCGAGGGAGCCAAAGAGCAAACGAUUACAGUCCGCGGGUAUGUUUCUUGUGCCCUUGGAUGCCCAUACGAAGGAGACAUUGAUCCAUCCAAAGUUGCUGAGGUAGCCAAGAGAUUGUAUGAGAUGGGAUGCUAUGAGGUUUCCCUGGGGGACACCAUCGGCGUGGGCACUCCAGGUUCCAUGCGUAAGAUGCUGCAGUGUGUGAUGAAGGAGGUUCCCGCCAGUGCUCUUGCAGUUCACUGUCAUGACACGUACGGCCAAGCUUUGCCAAACAUCCUCACGGCACUUCAGAUGGGAGUGAGCGUGGUGGACUCAGCAGUGGCCGGUCUGGGUGGUUGCCCGUACGCUCAGGGUUCAUCUGGCAAUGUGUCAACAGAGGAUGUUCUCUACAUGCUCCACGGCAUGGGCAUCCACACCGGGGUAAAUCUGGCCAAAAUCCUGGAAGCAGGUGACUUCAUCUGCACCGCGCUACAACGCAAGACAAACUCCAAAGUUGCUCAGGCAAGAAGCAGGAAGCUGUGAACGUGUUUCUUUCAAAUAAAUUUGACUUGAUUUGGUGGUAAGUGCUUUUCCACUUUGUCUGGCACUACAUUCUCUGUGUAGGGAAUUUAAUUUGACGAGCUUGUACUGCAACUAGGUCACAGUGUGUUUGAUAGUUAAAGUAUUCUAAUUUGAAUGACCUUAUUGUAUUAAUAGCAACUCACUUUCUUUGGCCAUUGAGAGCCAUCCUUAUGAGCAUUCUGGUUUGCAUACUAAAAUCAUCUGUUGAAGGAGACGUACAUAUGGUGGCCUUUUUCGAGGUCGCGGUUGUCUUCAUAUUUUACAUCUCAAUUACAUUCAUAUCACGAAUAAUCCCAGCAGAAGGUCAGAAUCAAAUUAUUUUUACAUAGUUGUGUCCUUGUAAAAUAAUAAUGUAUCAUUUGUAGCUACAGUUUAUGUUAUAAUGCUUAGGUGACUCCAUGGACAUUUUUCUACUAGGAACAGAAAAAGGCUACCUUGACCAAUACAACAAAACAGAUUAAAUAAAUGUGUCCAUCUUGGAAUAUAUGUGUGUCUAUUUACAUCUUAUUGUUUCGACCAUUAAACGAAAAUUUAUCAAACUGUCUGAAAAUCUGAUAAAGAUUAUUGUGCUUAAGAAGAGUUUAUAAAGCACAGCUGAUCAGUAA